CAGAGUGCUUGUGAGGAGGACAGUUUUCAGUGUGGCGAGAAAGGAACCUGUAUUCCGAACUAUAAAGAUGGCAGCGUACGAUGCAAAUGUGACAAUGGCUAUACGGGAAAACCCUGCAGUAAGUUUAGAUGUCUUACUGUUUGAUUACCUCUAAGAACUAUUUUAUAAUCCUCCUCAUUUUCUUCUCAACAGAAGCGAGAAGUUGCUCUCAGUUGUUUCAAGAUGGUCUCAAUUCCAGUGGUGUGUACACCAUCAAUCCAGAUGGCGGUAAACCAAUACAAGUAUUGUGUGAUAUGAAUACGGACAAUGGAGGUUGGGCCGUUUUUCAGAGACGUUUAGACGGCUCCGUUGACUUCUAUCGUGGAUGGGAAUCCUACAAAAACGGCUUUGGAAAUCUGAAUGGUGAGUUCUGGCUUGGAAACGACAAUAUACACCGUUUGACAGACUCUGAUGACGUCAUGCUGAGAGUUGACUUGCAAGACUUUGAAGGGAACAUCACUUACGCUGAGUACACGACUUUUAAGGUGGCAGACGAGGCCGACCAGUACCGGCUUUUGAUUAGAGGAUACAAUGGUACUGCUGGUGACUCUAUGGCUGAGAGACAUUCCCUAAGGUAAAUGAAAUCGGAAUCACAAAGUGCAAAAAGAAUAUUAUCUAAAUUCGGUGUUCGCUUUCGAAUACUAGCUGACCCUAACCCUAUGGCUUUCGAUUGGAGGAUACAAUGGAAGGGCUGGUGACUCUAGUACUGCAAUGCUACAUCCAUUGCUGUAAGAAACCCUCAAUUACCAGUUUCCACUGACGAAGGGCGAACGUCACCUUUGUAAAUAUUUACGGUGGCCAAUUUACAUUAACAAAUCCGUUGAUAAAACCAAAAUUACCUCAAUUACUAGGUUUAUUAUGAAUUUGAUAUUGAAAAGCAUGAUCCCCAAAGAGUGGAUGUCAUAAGAAAGGCUGGUGACUCAAUUAAAGUGCAUUCAAAGAACGGAGAUGAUCCAUUACCGGCUGAGGGGAAGCACGUUGUGAUUAAUGGUACUUCAUUAUUAUACUGACACCGAACGAAACUGAAAAUCUUACCAGGCUUUGAUUGGAUUUCAAACCUGAAGCCGGAUGUUCCAUUCGCACAAAAAUGUUAAGUGGUGUUUAAAUACAUAUUCAAGUAUGUUAGAAACAAGCUUAAACGAACUUUUUUCAUUUCAGCAAUAUGCAGUUUUCUACAAAAGAUCAGGACAAUGAUUAUCGUAAUGACCUACCCAGCUGCGCCCAAUCUUUUAAGGGAGCCUGGUGGUACAGACGUUGCCAUAGGUCCAAUCUGAACGGAUUAUACCUCAAUGGUUCCCAUGCCACUUUUGCUGAUGGAGUCAAUUGGUACACCUUUAGGGGGUUUUAUUACUCACUAAAACGUACCGUGAUGAAAGUAAAAACGAAGGCAUAA